AUGACCCCUGGGCUGAUGCGGCCAACGGCAGCGCGCACGCUCCGGGAAGCAGCCAUCGCCUCGCGCCCGAGCACGCCGAAGGGCGAGCGCCGCCAGCGCAUUCUGGCGGACGAAAAAGGAUCAUGGGAGGCCACAUCACAUCCAUUGCAAAAUUCCCUUAUAUGUUCCCAGUGGGUCCUCACUGCAGCACAUUGUCGCAUAAACAACAACAUUAACGCCUACACUGUGCGCGCAGGCGUCACAAACAGAAAUUCCAAAGGCUGGGACUACCCUGUGUCCGAGUUCACCCCCCACAAGUGGUACAGAGGUGCGAAUAAUACUUACGACUACGACAUCGCUGUCAUCAGAAUCAGAGGCAAUUUCACUUUUAGCGCCUCUGUGCAGCCCAUUCGCCUAGCCAACUGCAUGCCCCCUCCUGGCACCGUCGCCCACGUCGCCGGCUGGGGCCUCUUCUCUGUAAGUGGGAGGCCUUUUCACCCUGGUGGCACCAACAGAAUCAUGGAGAGCAGCGCAAAUAGAACUCAUCUUUCUAUUCCCCUGCGCACGGUGUCUGUUCCCAUCUUGUCUGAAGACACCUGCAAGUGGGCGUACAGUCACGCCACACCUCGCAUGUUGUGCGCUGGCUACCCUGACGGGGGCAAGGAUGCCUGUACUUUCGACUCGGGCGGCGCUUUGGUGGCUGGCGGCGAGCAGGUGGGCCUAGUGUCCGGGGCUGAUGGCUGCGGCCGCCCUUGCAAGCCAGGUAUCUACGCCAACGUGGUCUACCUCCGCUCCUGGAUCACCUCUAAUGAAGUCAUAAAACUUUCUUUGUUUGGGUUUCUUAUCAAAUCACUUAUGUUUGGUUUUAAAAAAAAAUUCUUCCAGAUCUCCUUGCAGAUUAGAGGAUAUCACGAGUGCGGUGGGUCCAUCAUAAGCUCUGAGUGGGUCCUGACUGCUGCCCACUGCAUAUACAGCUCCUCUGACUUUAUUACGGUGCGCGCCGGCACGACCACACGCGAAGACGGAGGCACAGUUCACGAGGUGGCGGAAAUCGUUACCCACCCUAGCUUCAACUGGACCACAGCUGAUUACGACAUCGCGGUCAUGAAAAUCGAAGGCAAAUUCACUUUUGGCGCCAAUGUGCAGAGUAUUCGCCUAGCCAAAAGCAUGCCCCCUCCUGGCACUCUCGCCGACGUCACCGGCUGGGGCCAAACCUUUGAGCAUGGUCCUUUUUCUGACACCCUGCGCGUGGUGUCCGUUCCCAUCUUGUCUGAAGACACCUGCAAGUGGGUGUACGAUAGUAUCACCCCUCGCAUGUUGUGCGCUGGCUACUCUGACGGGGGCAAGGAUGCCUGUGGUUGCGACUCCGGCGGCCCUUUGGUGUCUGACGGCGAGCAGGUGGGCCUUGUGUCUUGGGGCGAUGGCUGCGCUCGCCCUUGCAAGCCAGGGGUAUACGCCAACGUCGUCAACCUCCGCUCCUGGAUCACCUCUAUAACAGGCUACGUUCACGUGCCGGUCGUGUCCAACAAUCUAUGUGCCUACUAUUACGGAUAUGGUCGCAUCUCCCGGCGCAUGCUGUGCGCCGGCUUCAGCCAGGGGGGCAAGGACUCCUGCGAAGGAGACUCCGGCGGCCCCCUGGUGGCUGGCGAAGUGCAGGUGGGCGUCGUGUCCUGGGGGAACGGCUGCGCCCAACCCAACUACCCCGGCGUCUACACCAGCGUGGCCAGCCUGCGUUCCUGGAUCGAAAAAGAAACCGGCAGAAACAUUAUAAAGCCUAUUAUCCACCAUCCCAUUAGCGGAGGGCAUAUUUUCAAUGAAUGUUCUCUAUUUUUGAAAAUAGCAAAAUAUUUACACAGAAAAAAUAUUGAU